AUAACAUAGCUCUUCUUGUAUCUGACGCAGAUGAUAUAAUUUUGCCUGACGGUUUGGUGUGCAUCUCACACCUGCAAGGUGUAGAAUGCUUAUGUGAGAAUGGACCGGAGCAGCUUUUUGAGCCUGUAUUACCUGUGGUGCAGACGCGAAACCGGUUUAUCUGUCAAGGGCCGAGUUUACGGUGCUAUCGCUAUAUGAGUCGAAAACCUUGCUGCUGCGCGCCGAGGACGUUAAAAAACUUUCAUUGCUUAACCAUCAGUGUCUUCAAGCCCUUGUGUGAGUCUGGUGGAAGCAGCGGACCAGUACCAAACGCAGAAAACAUGAAAAACGCCCGCAAUCAUCCCAAUAAAACCCCCAGCACCCACAAAACUAAGCAAACCACAAACCACAAGUCACCCGCGUCCAGUUCCGAUUCGGAUUCCAGUGAUGAGGAUGUUCCGGUGGCGAGGAAGCCUGCUGGCGCGACGACGGGCGCCGGAGCGUCUAAGCCGAUGACUCCCGCUACGAAGGGUGUUGUGUCUGCGGCAGGCGGCGGUAAAGGUUUGUCGGCGGCCGUUGCUUCUUCGAAACGGCCUGCAGUGUCGAGCUCGGAUUCGGAUUCGAAUGAAAACGAUGUUUCGGUUUCGAAGGAACCUGCUCGGGUAGUUGAUACUUCGAAUGGUGUUUUGUGUGGAUUUAAGAGUUUUCCUUUAGGAGUCGGUGCUGCUGGAAAGCGUUCAAUUAAUUCUUCUGAUGGGACAUCGAAUGCGAAGCGGCAUAAAUUUGAUGUUUCUGACAUGGUUGACGUUGAUUGUGGUCGUCGAUCUCUUCCUGCUGUGUCGAAUACGUUUAAUGGUGUCGAUGUUUCUGGAAAAUCUGGGUCAUUGUCCAAUCACAAAGGUCGUCAGUCCUUCCCAUUCCGUCGGGUGCCAGACGAUAUUGAAGUGGUUGAUCCCCGGUUGUCCAACAAUUCAUACGAGGCAAAGCCUAACUCUCGAGGAGCCUGGGGUGAGCGGGCAUAUAAGGACUUUCAAUUUACCAGUGGAAAAUCGUUUAAACACGAGAAAACGAAAAAGAAACGUGGUAAUUAUGCGGGUGGAGCACUGUCAACCGCGGUCUCUUCUUACAAGUUUGAUGACU